AUGUUGGGUACAUACCCGUUCUCCAGAGCCGGUGCUAAUGUUGUGGUCACCGGUAGACGAGCCGAUAAAGUGUCAGAAGUGGCCAAAGAGUGUCUCAAAGUAUCACCGAAACAGUCGAAAGCACUGGAAGUGGUGGCGGAUGUGACUAAACCGGAAGACUUGCGACGACUUGUGGACACAACUGUCAAACACUUCGGGAAACUCGAUGUUCUGGUGAACAACGCCGGCGGAAGUAUUACUGCUAAAGUGGAUGAUAAGGAUUUCUACGAGAAUUUCUCUAAAGUAAUGCAAUUAAACCUCAAUUCUGUGGUCUAUUUAACGCAUAUAUGUGUCGAGCAUUUGGAGAAAACAAAGGGAAAUAUAAUCAACAUCUCGAGUGUCGCCGGUUUGAGAUCCUUUGCCGGGUGGUCGCCCUAUUGUAUGACUAAGAGUGCUCUCGAUAUGUUCACCAAAUGUAUGGCCGCGGAGUUGGGACCCAAACGUAUUCGCGUUAAUGUCAUCAAUCCCGGACCAGUUCGCACUGAAUUCCUGUUGGCUAUGGGUAUACCUACCUCCGGGUCUGACAAAUUUUUUGAGGGUUUUGGCAAAAUGCUGCCUUUGGGUCGAGCGGGGUUUGCCAAGGACAUUGCUGAUUCAAUCCUAUACCUGGCCAGUGACCAUGCUGCUUUCAUCACUGGCACUAACCUGGUCUCAGAUGGUGGUCAGAUCGCUGGUAAUGUUAAUGCUGAAGCCCUUAAAGAUUUGAUGUAAACUCAUUAUAUGUCUCAAAUAAAUCCUAGUAUUAUCUUAAUUAAUGAUUUUAUUAUUGAUGU